UAAUAUGAACUAUUAUUUCAAUAUUUUACAGAGUGCUUAUGAUUUCAUGUAUUUUUGCUGAACUUGUAAAAGAGGAACUUGGAUGAUGGAUUAACAAGAACAUUGAAAUUCUGUGAAAAGUUUCAAAUUGGAGCAUAUUGAAUUUUCACCCUAGUCCAGCAGCUCUGCUGCUGACGUAAAUACAGAUGAAUGAAGACCCCAUUCGGGAAGACACCUGGCCAGCGGUCCAGAGCUGAUGCAGGCCAUGCUGGUGUAUCUGCAAGCAUGAUGAAGAAAAGGACGUCCCACAAAAAACAUCGGAGCAGUGUGGGGCCGAGCAAACCUGUGUCCCAGCCCCGGCGGAACAUCGUAGGCUGCAGGAUUCAGCAUGGGUGGAGAGAGGGGAAUGGCCCUGUCACCCAGUGGAAAGGAACCGUUCUGGACCAGGUGCCUGUAAAUCCUUCUUUGUAUCUUAUAAAAUACGAUGGAUUUGACUGUGUUUAUGGACUAGAACUUAAUAAAGAUGAAAGAGUGUCUGCGCUCGAAGUCCUCCCUGAUAGAGUUGCGACCUCUCGAAUCAGCGACGCACACCUGGCCGACACAAUGAUUGGCAAAGCAGUGGAGCACAUGUUUGAGACCGAGGAUGGCUCUAAAGACGAGUGGAGGGGAAUGGUCUUGGCUCGCGCCCCUAUAAUGAACACGUGGUUUUACAUCACCUAUGAGAAGGAUCCUGUCUUGUACAUGUACCAGCUCUUAGACGAUUAUAAAGAAGGCGACCUUCGCAUUAUGCCUGAUUCCAAUGAUUCACCUCCAGCAGAAAGGGAACCAGGAGAAGUUGUGGACAGCCUGGUAGGCAAACAAGUGGAAUAUGCCAAAGAAGAUGGCUCCAAGAGGACUGGCAUGGUCAUUCACCAAGUAGAAGCCAAACCGUCUGUCUAUUUCAUCAAGUUUGAUGAUGAUUUCCAUAUUUAUGUCUACGAUUUGGUGAAAACAUCCUAGAUGUCAUCAUGAACUUUGCCAAAUUUGUGGAACUAUUAAAUGUAUAAUUUGUAGACAUAAAGACUCGAUCGCUUUCCAGUUUAAUGAAAGCUUAAAUGUCCCUGCGAACCCACAAUCUCUGCCAGCAGAACUGGUUUUGUUCUGAAUAGUACAGAUUUAUGUGACCACAAAGCAUUUUGUGUGAGGAACUCCUUCCUCUUAAAGGAAGUCUGUCUGUCUGGAGGGGAGUUACAGGCAAGUUUGGUCAAAGUUAAGCUAGUAUCAUAGUCAUUUAAAACUGUAAUGGAUCUUAUCCAUUUUCCCCUUCACUCUUAACACUCUCUUCUUAGUCUGCUGCCACAAUGCAAGCAUAGUUUGGUAUUUUUGUUAUUGCCUUUUUUGAGAUAUAUAUGUAUCUAUAUCUACCUACCUAUCUAUAUCUGUGUGUAUAUAUAUGUAAUGUAUAUACACACACAUAGAUCUGUGCGCGUGCACACACACACACACACACGUCAUUGGCAGUCCUUUCUUUGUGGAUUGGGACAGGGG